UGCUUCUGUCAGGCACAGCAGACAAGCAGCUGUGCACGUAGACAUUUAAACAAUACAACUGAAAGAAAAUAGUCUCAGUUUCUUGCAGCAGAUUAAUCCUCACUAUAUACAUUUGCACACUGAUUAACAUAUGUUGAUACAAGAAGCAUGUGACCCCCAUCUGUGCUUAAAUGUAAGAAGAAAUAUCUGGAUUCAGCGUGUACAAAGCAAACUGGGAGUGGUCUGUUACACUGGCAGCUAGCUGUCUAUGUAGAGUGCCUCCCAUAGAAGAGGCGUGCAUUGACUUCUGCUUCAAAACCCGGAAUUGGAAAAGGUGUGUUACUUUUCUGCACUGGUAACGUUGGAUUAUUCUGGUUUUGUGCAUGAUGCAAAUUGAAUAAGAGAACGGCUAUACAUAGCACUUAAAAAGGGGAACUAUAAAUGGAGUAACUAUAUCAUCCAAACACAACUGACAGUUAGUGGCAAUCAAUACAAUGUCUUAUAAAUUAUCCCCGUUUGUUACACCUCUCAGCUUUAAAGAGAAAGUUCAGCUGAGUAUUCCACGCAGUUUAAGUUACAUUAAUAAUUUGUAUCAAAAUGCACAACUGUCUGAGAACUUUGUGCAGCAAGAAACUAGGAUCACAUUGAACAAAGAUCAGUAUGUAGCAAGACAUUUUCCUCGAACUCAAAGCACAGUAAUUGCUACCUGUGACCCAGAACUGAGGCCUAUAAUGCGGCGUAGAACCAAAUCUCUGCCCACGUCUCCGGAUAGAAAAACGAUUACAAAAUGCAGAUCUCGAUGCAAUAAGGUUAGGUUUGCGGAUUCCCUUGGUUUGGAGCUGGCAGAAGUAAAGAUUUUCAAAGCUAGCGAUGACCCAUCGAUUCCUCUACAUGUACUCUCCAGGCUUUCUAUCAACUCUGACUUGUGUUGUAGCCAAGACCUGGAGUUUACCAUCCAGUAUUUGGAGCCUGACUUCAAGCAGCCUGUAGAUUGUGGCAAUUUCUUGGAUUUGCUUCAACAACAUUGUGUCUGCUUGGAACAAGCUACAAGUUCGGAUGAGACAGAUAUUUCUGGCUCAAUUCGAGUUCUCAACUUGGCCUUUGAAAAAUCUGUUUCGGUCAGAUACUCAUUCACAGACUGGAAAAAUUAUUAUGAGGUUGGAGCAGUUUGGCAAAACAGUAUCAGGAGCGAAUCAACUGACUCGGAUGUGUUUGCUUUUUCUCUUCCACUUCCCCCUUUUCUGCAGCAGAUAUGCUCAGUGAUCGAGGUUGCGAUCAGAUAUCAGGUGGAAGAUAAAGAAUACUGGGAUAACAACAUGGGCAACAACUAUAGUUUCUCAUACAGGAGUCACACUCUCAAAAUGCCAAAAGAGUGUGAGCAAAGCUGGAUUCACUUCAUCUGAGUCUUUCUUCACUAUUUGUAGCCUAUACCAAAUAUAUAGCAAAAGAACAAACUAACGUGUCACUGAAAAAAACAAACCACUAGAAAACGGUGACCAGAUAAAUGCCUAUUGCUCUGGAAAGUUAGAAUGUUGUGCUCAUGACUAUUUCUAAACUAUGUAUGGUACUCAUGAACUAGCAGUUCUAUUGAUAGAGUUAAUUGUGAAAAUACAAUGUGUUAGCAGUUUUUCUUUAAAGUGAAGGUCAAUUUUCAUCGAGUGCCCGGUUUUUAAAAAUACUUUUAAAAACAGGGGCACUUUCAU